UAACUGUCCCUAUUGAAGCCCCCAGCAGGGCUGCAGCCAGAACUGAGGCACUAGCAGGCAUGUAAAGCUGGUCAUGCAUCUACGCUGCUUGAUACAUUUUGAGCCCAGUAACAGAAGAGCCUUCCUGAGAUUGCUGUCACCAUACUUGCCUGUCACCUUUGCAGGGUUGGCCAGUGUGGCUGAGGCUCCAGAGAGCUCAGGAACUUCUUUCGGGACUCACAGAAACCUACACCCUGGUGAUGGCACACAGGGACUGUUUUCUUGUUCUUAGUCUAAAUGACUGCCAAGAAGGAAGGCAAAGGUAGAAGAGUCGGAUCUCGGGCUCUCCCCAGAGCUUCUAAUCUCAGACCUUAUUAAACUCCUUUCUGAGCCCAAGGACAAAGCUCACUUGAACAAAUGAUUUUGAGUCAUGAAUGAAAACUCUUGCUCUUUCCAUAAUGAGAAAGAAUUAAGAGAUGGACAGGUUGAAAGUGUGUCUGCUGGGUGCCCUCCACCAUGUGACGAGGACAACAGUGCUCUUCUGGCUUUCAGUGGAAUUCCUCUGCCCCUACAGAUCUCAGAGUUGAAGAACCACGGCAUCCUCCAGGCCCUGACGGCAGAAGCGAAUGGCUGGGAGCCGGCUGUUAUGAAUACAGAGGUGCUCCGAGCCCAAGAAGAAUGGGAAGCUGUGGACAGUAUCCAGCCGGAGACAGGGAGCCGGGCCAGCUCAGACCAGCCUGGGCAGCUAAUCUCUUUCAGUGAGGCCCUCCAGCAUUUCCAGACCGUGGACCUCUCUUCCUUCAAGAAAAGAAUCCAGCCAACGAUCCGAAGGACCGGGCUUGCUGCCCUCCGGCACUGCCUCUUCGGCCCUCCAAAGCUCCACCAGGGCCUCCGUGAAGAAAGGGACUUGGUCCUGACCAUCGCUCAGUGUGGCCUGGAUAGCCAAGACCCAAUGCAUGGCCGAGUCCUCCAGACCAUCUAUAAGAAGCUGACCGGCUCCAAGUUUGACUGUGCCCUCCACGGAGACCACUGGGAAGAUCUGGGCUUUCAGGGAACAAAUCCAGCCACAGACUUGAGAGGAGCAGGCUUCCUUGCCCUCCUGCAUCUCCUGUACCUGGUGAUGGACUCAAAGACCUUGCUGAUGGCCCAGGAGAUUUUCCGCCUGUCUCGUCACCAUAUCCAGCAAUUCCCCUUCUGUUUGAUGUCCGUGAACAUCACCCGCAUCACCAUCCAGGCCUUAAGGGAGGAAUGUCUCUCCAGGGAGUGUAACCGGCAGCAGAAGGUGAUCCCGGUGGUGAACAGCUUCUACGCCGCCGCUUUCCUCCGCCUCGCGCACGUCUGGAGGACGCAGCACAAGACCAUCUCUGACUCGGGCUUUGUCCUCAGAGACUUGGAGGUGUUGGCCAAGAAGAGCCCCAGACGGCUGCUCAAGACCUUGGAGAUCUACUUGGCUGGAGUGUCAAAGGGACAGGCCUCCCUGUUGGGGGCGCAGAAGUGUGCUGGGCCACAAGCCCCUCCCUCCAAGGAUCUCACUUUCACAGGAGUGUGUGACCUGCCACCACACUCCUCUGAAGGCACAUGGCUGAUCUGAGCAACCCCAGUGAGCGCCGCCGGAUCAAAAGCCUUGAAGGGGCUUCGUACCCUGGCACCGUUCUGCCCCUUGCGGCCCUAGCAGAAGGGAUGUAGGAAGCCUGUUGGGGGAGCCAAGGACCCUCACCUGCAUGAGACGUGAGGGGCUGUUAAAGUUGACCCACUCCCCGCAGACCUUCCUACAGAGCAAGGAAAACUUUGCCAUAAUCUUAGUUGGGCUACAGCUUCCAGAGUUGGGUCCUAGGUAAUUUCAGUGACAGAUCAUGAGGUGGGAGACCCCAUCUGGAUGUUCCACACAGCCCUACAUCAACGAUAUUCCCAAGGAGAGGUGCCGGAAUUCUGACUCCCUGGCAGCGGGGCUUUCAGGCCUCAGGGGUCCACGGGACAGGGACCAGACAUGGGCUGAGUAGUCAGAAUGUGAAGGGAGAUGGCAGCGGUGGCAGCAGCUGACAGGGGGCAGCAUGAACCAGAGAGUGGACAUGGGCCUGCCUUCCUCGCCAUCCCCUGGGGUCUCUGGCCUUGCACUUAUCCCGCCCUCGCCUCUCCCCAUCCCUCCUCCCCACUGCUUGUGACACAGAGCCAGGCGCUGGGCUAGGUGUCUGCUGCCACCCAUCCUAACCGCCCACCAGCUGGGCUACCCCCGUGGAGGCUGUGCAGGUCCCAUCAGGGAUGGUUCUCUGGCCUGGGCGAGGGAAGGAGGAAAUUCACGUACCAGCAGUUUUUAAAUAAAAGAAUUCUUCUGGGUUAA